AUGGAAGCAGAAAACCUUACAGAAUUAUCAGAAUUCCUCCUCUUAGGACUCUCAGAUGAUCCUGAACUGCAGCCCGUCCUCUUUGGGCUGUUCCUGUCCAUGUACCUGGUCACGGUGCUGGGGAACCUGCUCAUCAUCCUGGCCGUCAGCUCUGACUCCCACCUCCACACCCCCAUGUACUUCUUCCUCUCCAACUUGUCCUUUGUGGACACCUGUUUCAUCUCCACCACAGUCCCCAAGAUGCUAGUGAACAUCCAGGCACGGAGCAAAGACAUCUCCUACAUGGGGUGCCUCACUCAGGUGUAUUUUUUAAUGAUGUUUGCUGGAAUGGAUACUUUCCUACUGGCUGUGAUAGCCUAUGACCGGUUUGUGGCCAUCUGCCACCCACUGCAGUACAUGGUCAUCAUAAACCCCCAUCUCUGUGGCCUCCUGGUUCUGGCAUCUUGGUUCAUCAUUUUCUGGGUCUCCCUGGUUCAUAUUCUACUGAUGAAGAGGCUGACCUUCUCCACAGUCACUGAGAUUCCGCAUUUCUUCUGUGAACUGGCUCAGGUCCUCAAGGUGGCCCGCUCUGAUACUCUCCUCAUUAACAUUGUCUUGUAUGUGGCCACGGCACUGCUGGGUAUGUUUCCUGUAGCUGGGAUCCUCUUCUCCUACUCUCAGAUCGUCUCCUCCUUAAUGGGAAUGUCCUCCACCGAGGGCAAGUACAAAGCCUUUUCCACCUGUGGAUCUCACCUCUGUGUGGUCUCCUUGUUCUAUGGAACAGGACUUGGGGUCUAUCUGAGUUCUGCUGUGACCCAUUCUUCCCAGAGCAGCUCCACGGCCUCAGUGAUGUACGCCAUGGUCACCCCCAUGCUGAACCCCUUCAUCUACAGCCUGAGGAACAAGGAUGUGAAGGGGGCCCUGGGGAGACUCCUUAGCAGGGCAGCCUCUUGUCUCUUACGGGACACAACCUCAGAACUAAGAGGAUGCUAUGGGUCCCUUAAGCAAAUGUGA